GCAGUAGCGCAAGCUUGAGCAGCUUAACCGGCCCUUAGAAAGGCUCGCGCUACCGCGCGUGCGCGGAAAUUCCCACGAUUCUGGGAUCACUGGUCGGCUCGGUUACGCGCGGUCGAAGACUGUUAUUAUUGGUGGACGAUCCCGCGAUUGAAUCCAUUCCGGGGCCUCGGGGGUCGAGUCUCGCCCUUUGAAGGUCUCGCCGCGUAAGUUACUUUUGCGCGUGACCUACAAAUAUUCAAAUUAUUGAUAAGAAAAUGGGGAAGAGAGCAGCUAUUAGGAAAAAACCUGAAAAGGUACGCAAGGAUUUGGAAGCUCAAGUGCAAAGGGCGAAACAAAAGUUUCUGCGUAGAUUACAGCAAGUGUUGGAGGAAUUUUGCGACGAGAUUCGUGAUUUAAGUGACUCGGAAAAAGAGCCCGCAUCUUCCCAUACAAACAGUCGUAACGAGAGCACUGUGCUCGAUAGCUACACAUGUUAUCGUUGCCGACAUUUCCUAGAAAUACCGCAUAAGCGGUCUAGCGACGGGACACCUGCUUUUGUAAAGCAAAGCGAGGAGGAGUUGAAUUUUAUCCAGACUGUUUACUGGCUGAAAUCCGUCACCGCCUGUGCCUCUGAAAUACCAGUCGAGCAAUUGCAAAAGAUAUUUUACAGACAGUGGAAUAGACACGUUGAAUGUCAUAGUGAAGAUACGCAUACCGAUGUUGAACAGUUAAGAACUGUGAAUAAAAAUCUACAGCAGGUAUCUGAGAAUACAAGAAUGACAGAUGAUACCUUAGUAACGUCAACCCCUCUACAUAUUUUCACUCAAAGAACAACUUCAAAUACCAAAUCUCAAGAAACACCAAGUAACCAUUCUCUGCCGACAAAUCAGUCACCUGUCCCGUCUUUGGUACUCGAGAUCUCUGACAACAGUCACAACACGACGAUAGAAAACCAAGCGGAAGAAGCAGAUUUCUUCAGAACUCCAGAAAUAGAUGUGGAGUCGAUCACGAGUGCAAAUCUUGAUUUUAAUAAUCACUCUUUGAACUUGACACCGCUUGGACAUCAGUCCCUUGAAUUGGAAGAAGAUGCAGAAUGCUCGAUGCAAAGCGCAACAAAAAGUGACGUCGAACGGAUAAACAAGAAAAGGGUCGAAAACAAGCAUAUCCCCCAAAAGAGCGUCGCUGCUUUGAGCGAAUUCAUUUUACCGAGAGAUGAAUUUGUCGAUAUGGAAAAUAAUUUCAACGGAGAGUGCUCCACCCCAGAGCAAAGGCAAAAUGAAUUAACCGAUACGGUGCUGGAAUCCAACGGCAUUCCGAAUACAAGUUUUGUUGUAACUCCACAAAACGUCUCUCCGCCUGUUAACAACACAUAUUGUGGACUUGCAAUAGAUGACAAUAGCUCUUGUCGGAGCGAUAUCGACCCUGAAAAUCUGCGCGAGGACAGCGCGUAUAGUACAGCACACAACAAUACAUUUACUUACAACACCGCAGCAGAAAGCAGAUCUACCGCUGGUAAUAAGCGCUUAUCGAACAUCGAACGUAAAACGCCACCUCGCAAAAAGAAGACAAUGUACGAGACAGAGAUCUCUUUGACUAACGUGACAUUCGACGGCACUCUUAAGAGUUUGACGGUAACUCCAAGAAGUGUCUCUCAAAUAUCAAUUUAUAACAAUAUUUUUAUAAAUUUUAUAACGAAUUCCGAAUUACAGAUCGUCAGUAGUUACGAUGAACGGAUGAACUCCGAAAAUUUGGAAGAUGAUGCAGUGGCAGCGAAAACUAGCGGCAAUAAAUGCACACCGAACGUCGAGCAUUGUCAUGCAACGGCCUGUGCUCCCGUAAUACAACAAGUUGCACCAGUAACACCAGACACUAAUAUCAAACACCAUUACAAUUUGCGAGCUCAAAGAAACAGGGGAAUUAGGGGAAUUAGCAAAGAGAAAGAGGCUCCUACUACAACAAGAGGACCGAAAAAGCGUAAAUCGGAACGAGCACGGAAUCUAGCAGAGAAAGAAAACGAAAGUGCAAACAAAAUGAUUUCUACCGACUCGUUGGACUUGAUUCCAGAGUUGCCACCUGUAGAUCAGAUAAUUAUCAAAUCGAUUAAAACAAUUCUCUCGACACUUUGCGACAAUAGAACAGCGAAGGAAUACAUAAUAAAAAAACGGUUGACACAAUCGCGCAAUUAUUGGAAAGGUAGCUUUGAAGAGGAAGCUGUAAACGCGGUGUUGAAUAUAUCUGAUAUUUUUACAAUAGAGAAGAAGCCCAACAUAUGCAUAAAAGAAAUUGUGACACCAAUCAUUAAAACGUUGAAUGAGACAAUGACAACGUAUACACGAUUCAACAAGAUGUACGAUAAAAAUGAGACAACUAUGGACCACAUAUGGACAUGUCGCGUAGAAAUAAUUCUGGAGUUUUGUAAUUCAUUGCCGAUAUGCGUCAAUAUGACCGACUACUUGAUAACGAGACUAAAAUCACUUCAGUCUAUGCUGAUGGACGAGAGGAAAGUUCGAAACCCCGAUAUGAUACAUCAAAUGCAUAUUGUAUUUUACACGUUAAAUAUCACUCUACAAAAAUAUCGUACAAUUAUGUCGAGCCAUCGAAGAUCUCGACCUGCGGAGAACACAUCGUGUGUCGCGGAUCUAUGCAAAAUACGUUACAUUGACAAGGAACUUGAACAUACAGGUUUAGACCUGGUUGCUACGGAGAAGCGAUGGUUAAAUGUUUUGGAAAACAGUAAGGUAGUUUUCACGGAAACUUUCCUACCAUACAGUGAAAAGUCAUCUUCGCUAGUCCAUAUGUUAGUUUCGUAAUCUAGCACG